AAGAUGGCCAAUAUAAAACUUACAAGCAGGAAGCAAAACUCCCAGAGACCUAAGGAAUCUGGUACUUCGUCGGAGUCCGAUACUUUCCAAUCCACAUAUUAUCCUACACCUCCCAAGUCCCCUCAAACCUCCCCUUAUACAACUUCUUCGCCUCCUCCCGUCUCGCAUACAACUGUACCAAAUCCGUAUUCUUUCGCAACACCCCUCGCUUCAUAUUUCACCAAUUCCUUCGUCACCUCGCCGGUAAUUGCCGCAUGAGGUCGUUAUAUGGAUUGGGAAUGGGAGGUCGGUUACGGGUUGGUGAAUGGGAUGUGGAUGCCGCUUGAUGGACAGGGACGGGCAUCUGGUGAAAACUAGUAGUUGCAGGAGAAUGCGGGCAUGUUGUCUUGGGUAGGUUAGAAGGUGAAUGGUGAUGGUGAUUUUGGUAGUCGAUUUGGAGUGACUGAGAGUCGUAUUUGCUCAAUUCAUCCCAGUGACUUCUAGAGAGACGAUGAAAAGUGACUGUCAGUAGAGUGAGGUGUGGUCUUCAUUCAUCGGCUA